AAGGUAACUGAUAAACCCUAACGUUAUAAAACCCCAACUCACUCACUUGUCUCAAACACCAUACUCUUCUCUUCGCCCGCUCUCAUUCUUCUCCCUAAAAUCAAAUCAUGGCCACCGCCACAUCCCAAACACUUCGAUUCCAAUCUCCGUCACUCUCUCUCUCCUCGAAGCUCCCCCUCUCCUCCGCGUUCUCCGUCUCGCUCCGCCCUCGCCACCGCGGCUCCCGCCCUCUCGUGCUAGUCGUCUCCGCCGGGCUCGACGCGAAGCCCACGGUGCUCGUCGCCGAGAAGCUCGGAGACGCGGGGCUGAAGCUGCUCAAGGACUUCGCCAACGUCGACUGUUCCUACAACCUCAGCACCGAGGAGCUCUGCACCAAGAUCUCGCUCUGCGACGCCCUCAUCGUGCGCAGCGGCACCAAGGUCUCGCGCGAGGUCUUUGAGUCCUCCGCCGGCAGGUUGAAAGUCGUCGGAAGAGCCGGUGUCGGAAUCGAUAAUGUGGAUCUGGCCGCCGCCACCGAGCACGGCUGCUUGGUCGUCAAUGCGCCCACCGCCAACACCGUCGCCGCCGCCGAGCACGGGAUCGCACUCCUUGCCGCCAUGGCCAGGAACAUCGCUCAGGCCGAUGCGUCCGUCAAAGCCGGGAAAUGGCAGAGAAAUAAAUAUGUGGGAGUUUCCUUGGUUGGGAAAACACUUGCCAUCUUGGGAUUUGGGAAGGUGGGCUCUGAAGUUGCUCGCCGUGCCAAGGGGCUUGGUAUGACUGUCAUUGCGCAUGACCCGUAUGCUCCUGCUGACCGUGCGAGGGCGGUCGGUGUGGAGCUUGUGACCUUUGAGGAGGCCAUUGCCACUGCGGAUUUCAUCUCUCUACAUAUGCCUCUCACGGCUGCUACAUCAAAGAUGCUCAAUGAUGAGACUUUUGCGAAGAUGAAGAAAGGAGUUCGCAUUGUCAAUGUUGCUCGUGGAGGGGUCAUUGAUGAGGAUGCACUUGUUAGGGCACUGGAUUCUGGAAUUGUAGCUCAGGCGGCUCUUGACGUUUUCACUGAGGAGCCACCACCCAAAGACAGCAAGUUGAUUCUGCAUGAGCUCGUUACUGCAACACCUCAUCUUGGUGCCAGUACCAUGGAAGCUCAAGAAGGUGUGGCUAUUGAAAUAGCAGAAGCUGUCCUUGGUGCGUUGAAAGGGGAGCUUGCUGCUACUGCAGUAAAUGCACCAAUGGUUCCCUCAGAGGUGUUGACAGAAUUAAAACCAUUCGUUGAUCUUGCCGAGAAACUGGGUAGGCUGGCUGUCCAGCUGGUCGCAGGAGGAAGCGGUGUAAAAACAGUGAAGGUCACUUAUGCCACCUCUAGGGCCCCUGAUGAUCUGGACACUCGUCUUCUCCGUGCCAUGAUAACCAAGGGUCUGAUUGAGCCUAUAUCUAGUGUUUUUGUGAACUUGGUUAAUGCUGAUUUCACUGCUAAGCAAAGAGGGAUCAGGAUAACUGAGGAGAGGGUUAUUCUUGAUGGUUCACCUGAGAAUCCACUAGAAUUCAUUCAGGUCCAGAUUGCUAAUGUGGAAUCCCGAUUUGCUAGUGCUAUAUCAGAUUCUGGGGAGAUUAAAGUUGAGGGUCGGGUAAAAGAUGAUAUCCCCCAUCUGACAAAGGUUGGGUCUUUUGAUGUUGAUGUUAGUUUGGAAGGUAGCAUCAUACUGUGUAGGCAAGUAGAUCAACCAGGCAUGAUUGGAAAGGUUGGGAGCGUUUUGGGCGAGGAAAAUGUGAAUGUUAGUUUCAUGAGCGUAGGAAGAAUUGCUCCACGCAAGCAAGCUGUUAUGGCAAUUGGAGUGGACGAACAACCUAGCAAGGAAUCUUUGAAGAAGAUUGGAGAAAUUCCUUCCGUGGAAGAGUUCGUAUUCCUUAAAUUGUAAGAUGAAACGGUUGCUCCUAUUAUUUGUUUUUGUUGCUUAGAUUAGGCCGGUAAGUUUAAGGGGAUGAGAAAAGGAAUAAUUUGAUUGUGCAUUUCAUAAUCUGGUUUAGCGAGUUCUUGCUUGUUUAAUUUUCCUUUUUAUUUGAAAAUAAAGAGAAUGAAACUUUAAAAGAUUAAAAUAA